CAUGGCAAUGCUCUUAUUUGUCAACAUUAUGGCAUUUCAAUUUUCCCUCCAAGGACAGAUUGUCAGGUGAGAGAGCGGCUCUUUGACAGACGCGACGUGCCAAUGUUCUGCUCCCAAUCUUACAAAAUACCCUCCAAAUUCAAGUCAAUCUAUACCAUUGCAUCAUAUCCCAUUUGUAGCUCUUUAGAGGAGAGUUUUGAUUUUGGCGAGGAAAUUGGGGAAUUCUACGCGUCUUUCGCUCGCCUCGGUGCUUGUCAAAACGUGGCGAUUCACUAUGGGGAUUCAAUGUACAAACGUCUGCUCUUCAACGUCAGGAAGAGACAUCCCGAGAUUCCAACUUCAUUCGUAAACUACACCCAUGCCUAUCGAUUUUUGAAGACCUUGAAUCCAUCCUUGCAAUUGGUCUUAGGUAAUUCCAGACAGAUGUUGACCCAAGCUUUUGUGAAUGGAGAGAAUGACACGUUCGACGCCAACGACUUUUGGCUGAUCCAAGUUCCAAAUGUGAACAACACAUUGGCAAUUCAAAGGCUGUUUACGGACGUCAACUUACAGUAUAACUCAUUGACUUUCGUUUGGAGCUCAAGCAAAACUAAUCAGGGUCAGUUUGAUUUGAAGGAGGUGUACAAAUUGAACGAUUACACCCCAAACAUCGAGAUCCUCGAUUAUGGAUUUUGGAACCCGCCAAACGGCCUGGUCGUGAACGAGCUGAUCAUUUGGGAACGAAGGGCAAAUAUGAAGCGCCAAAGGUUUCGAGUGGCAGCCAACUUCAAUCCUCCAUAUAUAACCAAAGUGACCAAGAAUUGCCGAGAUGAUCAAUGUUUCCAAGGGAUGUUCCCCGAGGUUUGGCAUGCAUUAGCUUAAACCAUGAACUUCACUUUCCUCUUGAAUCCACCCCCUGAUCGAGCUUGGGGAACCAAGUUACCAGACGGCAAAUGGAAUGGCAUGAUUGGUCAACUCCAUCGGCGGGAAAUCGAUAUUGCCCCGGCCGAAUUCACCGUGACCGCUUUAAGAAGCGAAGUUGUAGAUUUCAACGUCCCCAUUACCGAAAGCCAUCAAAAACUGUUUGUCAAGAAUCCGGCAGAAUCGUUCAACUGGACGGCGUUUAUUGAACCGCUCUCUUGGUCUUGCUGGGGUGUGAUCGCUCUGUUCAUCAUCUUUGUCCCAUUGGCCAUGGCACCAGCAAUCCGAUUGGGUAACGAGCCUGAACAAGAAGAGUUCACUCUAAGCAAAUCCUUUUGCUUCGUGGCGGGAGCCAUGACCAUUGCUCGAGGUUGGAACACGACUCCGUGGCGGAUCCAGAACCGCAUCCUCUUCUUCAGUGUCAUGUUGGGCGGGACGCUGAUCUAUUGGCAUUGGGAGGCCAUGAUCAUCUCAUUCUUGGCCGUGAGAACCACAGUUUUACCCUUCUCAUCGAUGGAGGAGAUGCUUACCAAAACGGACUUCAAAGUGGCUGUUCAACCCGGGACUUCAUACGUAGAUACAUUUCGACACUCAAACAAUCCCAUGCUCAAAAGGAUCUGGACAGAAAGGAUCGAGCCGUACAUUGCCGACUAUCCCCAGUCCAAAAUUGGCCUUAGCAUGAAGAUCAUCGAAGAGAGCGGUUAUGCCCUGUUCGACAACUUCUUCACAACCAUCUCGUAUGAACCGUACGAAGAGUGCCAGAUCAUUGCCGUGCCAGUGGCCUAUUUUCCGGUGCAAUUUGCGUACGCCUUCCAAAAGAAAUCGCCCUAUUUCGAUGCUUUUUGGUAUCAGCUCAACAAAAUGAAAGAACGAGGGGCCACCAAACAGAUUCUUGAGAAAUACGAAGCUGGGAAGCAAGUUUGUCCCGAUUACUCGGGAAAACCCUUGGGGUUCGGGCAGUGCUUCACCGCCUUUAUCGCUCUCAUGGGUGGCAUGCUCUUGGGAUUCCUUUGUUUGGGGGUGGAGUGGGUUCUUCUUCGAAAUUUGGGAGCCAAGAAUAAUCGAAUACCCGAAUCCUCAGAGUGGACCAAGAAGCAGCGACCAAUCUUCGACAAUACAUGGGGAACGAGAGCAUCAGCUCAGGAGCAAUACCAUGAAAAUGAACUGAGACGACAUCAGAAAGCACUUGAACAAAUUCGGACGCAACACCAGACCGUUUAUUAUUAA